AUGCUUUUAUCUCAACAAUCACAUCAAUGGUCGAAUCAAUCAAAUUCAUCUUUUACAAAUAAUUAUGAUCGUCAACAAAAAUCCGAUAAUCGAAUAAAUAAUUCACAAGGACGACCACUUUUAACAGGUCCUAUUCCAGCAACACCAGACUAUGAAUAUGAUACUCGUGCUACCAGUGCACCAUGUAGUUCUCGUGGUAUUGCUCGAGUUCAUGGUUCUGAUGCGAAAGCAAUUCAUAAACGAGCAACAAAUGGUACUGGUGUUCCAUUUUUAUUUGAAGUUCAAGGAACAGGUCUUUCAUCAAUACAUGGAACAGCAGCAAAACCACCUAUAAAUCAUUUAAAUGAAAAUGUCAAACGAAUUCGACAUGUAAUGCGAGAAUCACGACAAAGACAAAUAACGAAAGAACAAAAUAAACCAAUACCUGUUAAAGCACUUUGGCAUUCUAAACAAUAUGAUCAUGUGCAAUCGAAAGUUAAACAAAGAUUAGACGAAGAAACUCAUCGUUCAGUAUCUCGACCUCAAUCAGCUCGAGGAAAUUUUCUUCAUGCACAUGAAAAUACGGGACCACAAUAUCUUCGAUCACAAUCUGUAUCUAGUUCACGUCGAGGCUCAAUAGCUUCAUCUAUUGAUUUAGGUACAACACAAUUAGAUGAUAGAUCAAAACCUGAUUAUGUAAAAAUAAAUUCACAAUAUGUAAAAAAUAUUCCGAAAGUACGUAAAACAAUGAGUGAAGAAAUUGUUGAACAAGCACGAGCAAAAAAAGAACAACAAUUAAACAAUUAUUAUGAAAAACAAAAAGGACGUGUACCUGAUUAUAUUGAAAAAAUUAGAGAACAACGAACACAAGAAAUAAAUGAUGAACGUGCUAAUGCACCCGAUCCAGAUUGUCCUCUUGGUCAUGUCAAAAUUGAUAAUGAUAAACGUUUGUCAACAUUACGACAACUUCAACUAAAUCGAAUUGAACUUGAAAAAAAGCUUAGUCAUUUACCUAUUCGUAAUGAUUCAUUAACACUUCGACGAACAAAAGAAGAAAUUGAAAAGAAAAUUAUUGAAUUAGAUGAAGCUAUUAAAAUUUUUUCUAAACCAAAAACGGUAAAAAGAAAAUAUCAUUUAUCUAAAAUCAUGGUUUAUAUACGAUUUCAUUUACCUGUAUUGUUAUCUUCUUAUUCGAUUGUUACACGUAAUGUAAAUUAUAAUCUUAUUCGAUUAUAUUCUAUUUAUCUUAUGUUUUGUUCUCAAAUAAUUUUAUCAUCAUGUUCAAAAUUUGACGAUAAAGCAUUAACUAUUGCUAAAUCGAUCGAUGAUUAUACUUGUCAAAAUUAUGUAUUUACUUGUUUUUUUCGUCAACGACAUCAUACAUCAUAUAAUAAUCAACAACAACAACAUGAUAAUUGUAAAUUUCUUUUAAUUUUACAUUCAUGUCUUUAUUAUGAUACCGAUACAAUACGCAGAUGUCAUCAAUCAAAACUCAAUCCUGCUAAAAUAAAUCUUCGUGAUGAAGCACCAAAACAUUGUUUUACAUCAUCUGUAUAUAAAAAUUUUUAUGUUCAACAUCUGCGUUCGAUUUCACCAGCAAGAACUACUGUCAAGUGCCAAAUAUUCAUACUUCUUUUCUUACUUAUCUCAUGUGUCAUUAAGAUAAAAGUGUGUUGUUGA